GAAUACAUACUUAAAUUGCCCUUUUCCUCGAGGCUUAGAUACAGCAAAACUCUCCUAUGCAAGGGGAUCUUCCUGUUUGCCGUCCACAAUAGCGAAGCCUAUUUUUGUUCUCUCCUUGUCUCAUGCGAUUCGCCGCCACUUGGCUCUUCGUGACAAUAUGCGCUUGAACUUCCAGGCCCCAUGGUCUCCUAGAUCUACAGGAAAAGAACCAAGUUUGCCACCACCCUUUGACAACAGCGGCAAUGGCAAGCUGUUGGUUCCCGGCAUCGGUUCACAGGACUUCUACGAACUCCCAAGGGAGGAGCGGUUCGCCCAUGGCGCAAACGACUUCAAACAAGACCCGCGCCUUCUGGCAAGGGAGAUAGCAAUGCUCGGCGUUAUGAACAGUAUCACCGACAAGGCCGACUGGAACACUAAGGUGUUUAAUGAAGAUAUUGUAGAGAAAUGGAAGUCUGAGGCGUUAAAAAUGCCACUCAUCACCGAGAAUGCAUGGGACUGGUGCCUCCAGGAGAUGCGCGAUAAGGCAAAGCUAUUUGAAAACAAUGGACGAAUCUUGGUCCUAGAUGCUCAAUCAAUGGUGUGCAAGUCCGACACACUGGUCGACAACGAUCUGAGAAAUCAGCUCAUCACUUCGACGGACGCUUUACGUACUGUACCUGAGUCAGAGCAAGACUGGCAUCCCAAAUCCAACGAUCAAGUGCUCAAUUUGGUUCAUCCGUCACUGUUCCCAUUGGUAUAUGGCAGAACUCCAGUCCUCUCGCGCGGAGGUCAGGUCUUGCUAGAUGACAUUACUUCCUACGGCAACACUGAAAUCGCACCGGCUAUAGAAUGGCCGGUGGAGGCCACCUGGUCGCGGCGCUUCCAAUGGUUGCCGUGCGAAGUUCAAUUCGAUGGCUCGUCCUCAGACGUGCACAUCACUUCUUAUAUUAACAAUCUUCAUCCUAUACACAAAGAUGCCUAUGCAGCAAUUGAGAAAAUCAUCGCCCUAUCUAUAGAUCCAUGGAACGAUGUUCUUGUGCGAGACAGAUAUGUUGUGAGAAACAAGCCACGAUUUACGGCACUUGGAGCAGAGUUCGAUAGCGAAAUGCCGGAGUGGAUUGACUGGUCGGAACUUGAGGACAUGAACCGGCUGAAAGAAAGAGAUCCGGAGCGGUACAGCCAAGUCAUCGAGAAAAUUAAGGAAUACAUCGCUCUCCCGGAUAUCAAUGAAAAUAGAGAGCACGAGGGGGAGUACGAGUUUCCUCUCGAAGACCCACGGAACUUAGAAGACGAUUUGUCGGAAACGGUAGAAAGAAAGUGGAAGCGACUCAGAACGGUCAUUCACCCAGACGUUCCUUCUGGUUCCUACGAAAAGUGGAAGAAGGAUCAAUCUGGCAAGAGUCAGGAAACCACACCUGUGGACUUGCGCAAAGACUUCCGAGAACAAGGCCUCCAGGUCAUAGUCAAGCUUUCAAGCAUUGAACUCACGCCCGAAAAUUCAGCAUAUUCAGGCGGGAAUUGGCAUAUUGAAGGUAUGCUCAAUGAGCACAUUGCCGCGACUGCCAUCUAUUACUACGACGUCGACAAUGUGAAAGAGUCUCGAAUUUCUUUUCGGGCUGAAGCCGACCUCGACAGCGUGGAAAUGAGUUAUCAGCAGAAUGAGCACGAGCCACUUGCAGCAAUCUUUGGUGUCGAGUCUCUCGAACUCUGGGACGAACCAGCCAUUCAGAACAUGGGUUCUGUUACCACGCCCCAGGGGCGCUUGCUUGCUUUUCCCAAUACUUUGCAGCACAAAGUUGAGCCUUUCGAGCUUGUUGAUAAAACCAAGCCUGGUCAUCGCCGCUUCCUGGUGCUCUGGCUGGUGGACCCUCAUUAUCGCAUUUGCUCGACGAGGAAUGCACCGCCUCAACAGCAUGAAUGGUGGGUGCCGCAAGGCUAUGACAAGGUUGACUUCUCCGCGUUUCCCCCAGAGAUCUUGAAUAUGGUUACGGAUCAGGUUGGACAGUGGCCAAUGGGUCUGGAUGAGGCAAAGCAGCUUAGAUUGGAGCUGAUGGAGGAGCGAACUCGUGGUCAGGAGGCUGUCAAUAACGGGUUCGACACGUACAACUUUUGCGAACAUUGAACUAUAUAUGGAGUACCUGAGGACAAAACAACAUCAAAAUAUUUUCAAUACGAUUACUUAACAGGGUUAGGGCAAGAAAAGAAAAAGACACUGAGAUUCUUGCAAUUGGAGGUCCAUAGAGGUGAAAUUAGGUGACCAUGUUUCAACGCUAGAAAUGUGCCCAGAACUAUGCACUCAAUGUCAGCGCAUAAAAACGGAU